UUCUCGUGGUUCCAGUGGGGAGAGAAGGAGGAAGCAGGGAGCGGGGCGGUUGGGGGGAACCCACCGCGGCUUCUGCCACCGCCGCCACCACCAUCUCUGUGCCCGUGGCGUGGGAAAGGAGGUGUGAAUCCCGGGCGCGAGCCGGCGGCGGCGCCGCUGCGGGAAGGUCGGCGGUGGGAAGGCGAUGGCGGAUAUAGAUAAACUCAACAUCGACAGCAUCAUCCAACGGCUGCUGGAAGUGAGAGGGUCCAAGCCUGGUAAGAAUGUCCAGCUACAGGAGAAUGAAAUCAGAGGACUGUGCUUAAAGUCCCGAGAGAUCUUUCUCAGUCAGCCUAUCCUGCUAGAACUUGAAGCACCACUCAAGAUAUGUGGUGAUAUCCAUGGGCAAUACUAUGAUUUGCUUCGACUUUUUGAGUAUGGUGGUUUCCCGCCAGAAAGCAAUUACCUGUUUCUUGGGGACUAUGUGGACAGGGGAAAACAAUCACUGGAGACUAUCUGCCUCUUGUUGGCUUACAAAAUCAAAUAUCCCGAGAAUUUUUUUCUUCUCAGAGGAAACCACGAAUGUGCCAGCAUCAAUAGAAUUUAUGGAUUUUAUGAUGAAUGUAAAAGAAGAUAUAACAUUAAACUAUGGAAAACUUUCACAGACUGCUUUAACUGUUUACCGAUAGCAGCCAUCGUGGAUGAGAAAAUAUUCUGCUGUCAUGGAGGUUUAUCACCAGAUCUUCAAUCUAUGGAGCAGAUUCGGCGAAUUAUGCGACCAACUGAUGUACCAGAUCAAGGUCUUCUUUGUGAUCUUUUGUGGUCUGACCCCGAUAAAGAUGUCUUAGGCUGGGGUGAAAAUGACAGAGGAGUGUCCUUCACAUUUGGUGCAGAAGUGGUUGCAAAAUUUCUCCAUAAGCAUGAUUUGGAUCUUAUAUGUAGAGCCCAUCAGGUGGUUGAAGAUGGAUAUGAAUUUUUUGCAAAGAGGCAGUUGGUCACUCUGUUUUCUGCGCCCAAUUAUUGUGGAGAGUUUGACAAUGCAGGUGCCAUGAUGAGUGUGGACGAAACACUAAUGUGUUCUUUUCAGAUUUUAAAGCCUGCAGAGAAAAAGAAGCCGAAUGCCACAAGACCCGUCACACCUCCAAGGGUUACAUCAGGCCUGAACCCGUCCAUUCAGAAAGCUUCAAAUUAUAGAAACAAUACUGUUCUAUACGAGUGACCGAUUAUGCAUUCUUUGGCCUACAUUCUUUAUUCUGCGAUGAAGUUGAGGCUUAUAAGUCAAAACAAAGGAACUAACUUACUAUCCACCAGUUUAUACAGAACUCACAGUAUAUGACUUUUUUAAACUAAGAUCUGUUAAAAAGAAAUGUUUCAACAGAUGACCGUGUACAAUACCAUGUGGUGAAAAUUAAUUCAGACUUAUUAAAUGAUGAACUUGUUAAAUCCUCUCAGUGUCAAUUUAUCAGCACAAUACACACAGGAGAACUGUUGAUGGCAUAUUGAAUAGAUUUUAAUGAAUAAAUUGCUCUGGAAACCACACAGUUUCAAUUUGGAUUUGUCUUCCUUCAAAUAGUCUGUUUUCCAAAGAUGGAUUGUAAUAUGGAUGCUCAUUCUUCAAAUUCUUAUUGGAUAUAACUAAGUUUCUGAAGUAGAGAGAUGAGAUUGAACUAUUUAGGGAGGUGUGGGACUUGGUGAGUUGUGUGACAU